GGUCUGCUCGCUCGGGUCUCAGAUUCUAGGUCAGCUGGGAGAGGAGCCAAAGCCAGGGACACUGCACUGGCUGGAGCUGACUCUGCCAUGGCUGCUAGAGCCAUUUCUUGCAACUGGCUCCAAGCUGAUCAGAGUCCAGCACCCAUCGCUGCCUCCCUGAGAAGAGAGAUGGGGAACUGGGCGGAAGCAGAUCCCCCUAGACAGCCUCUUAACCACACCACAGACUUGGAGAGUGGAGGAGAACCAGGUCAUCCAGCUAAUUCCAGCUCCAGGAAACCUGCAGUAUGGAAUCGUCCAGCUGCCCUCAGAGCCAGAAUUGUGGUUGCAAUGGUCGUCAUCGUCGCUCUAGUAGCAGCUUUGAUAGUGGUAACAUCUAAGCAGCCUCCUCCAUGCCCCCCUGCUGCCUCCUGGUGCCCGGACGGCUGGAUCCGGAUCCAAGGGAAAUGUUACUAUUUUUCUAAGUCCGAAGGGAACUGGACCUACAGCCAGAACUUCUGCUCGUCACACGCUGCCUCCCUGGCCGGGAUUGAGAGUCUGCAGGAGCUGGGUUCCCUGCUCCCAUACGAAGGCAAACUGGACCACUGGAUCGGCCUCUGGAAGGAUGCGGGCCAGGUCUGGAAAUGGGCCGACGGGACCGAGUUUGACCAUUGGUUUGAAAUACAUGGAGGAGCAGACUGUGCGCAGCUGGAUGAAGAUUUCACUGUUGUCACAUCAAGCUGCAGCACACCAAGAAAAUGGAUCUGCAGUAAACCUGAUACCCCUGUGGGAGGGGAUUCGUGAACAAGGGAAUUGGAGACCAGCUGUGGCAAAGCCUGGUUCUAGUCCCCUCCAUGGCCCCUCCAUGCUGCAGCCUGGUUCCUUUGUUUCUUAGUCAGUCUGUCUCCAGGAUUUUAUCCAGUCCUAGUCAUCAAUUACCCUAAUGCUGCCGUUUGUGACCCUUCUCUCGGGGAGACUGGUGCAGUUUCAGGGUAACUGGAUCUCUAUCCCACCUCCAUUAGGUCAGGUCUCGAGUCUCCAGCCCGAACCCCAGUGCCCUUUACCUUGGGGUUCUGCCCCCAGCAGUACUCCCACACUCUGAUCUCCCCUCCCAGGGGAACCCCCAACCCUCUACACCCACCUUGCCUCAGUGGCUACUGCCAGUCAUCAUCUA